CAAAGCAAAAUCCAAUAUAAGUCUUCUCUUGUUUGUCUCUUUACAUUAUUUGGUUUUUCGCCAAACAAAGGAAAAAAAAAAACAGAUAUAUAAUCUGUGGAGCUCAUUCUUUUAUAUAAUCUUUCAAUCUCUAAAUCUCAUUUCUAUUUGAGCCCUUCAAAACCUCAGAAGGGUUCAAGAUUAUGGAGAUCGAUAAAGCAAUUAGUGAAUGUGAUGAUAGAAGAUUGAAAACUAAGUAUAAUAAUGCUAUUUAUGUUAUUAAAAGAGCACUUGCUCUUUAUCCUGUACAAGAGGUUGCGUUGAGCUUUAAUGGAGGAAAAGAUUCUACCGUUUUGCUUCACCUGCUGAGGGCAGGCUGUUUUCUGCAUCAAGCUGAAGAAAAUAAUUCAGGAGGAGAUGCAGCUGAUGGUGGAAAGACAUUCCCGAUACGAACAAUAUAUUUCGAGAGCCCAUCUGCUUUCCCUGAAAUCAACUCAUUUACCUACGAAGCUGCAUCCAUUUACAACAUACAAAUGGAUAUUAUUAGACUUGAUUUUAAAUCAGGUCUAGAGGCUCUGCUAAAGGCUAAUCCAAUCCGAGCUAUUUUUCUUGGUGUCCGAAUCGGAGAUCCUACUGCAGUAGGUCAAGAGCAAUUUUCACCUAGCUCACCUGGGUGGCCACCUUUCAUGAGGGUGAACCCAAUUUUGGACUGGUCAUACAGAGAUGUAUGGGCGUUCCUAUUGGUAUGCAAGGUUCAGUACUGCAGUCUUUAUGAUCAAGGGUAUACCUCAAUCGGGAGCAUUCAUGAUACUGUUCCUAAUGCACUUUUGUCCACGAGGAACUCCGACAGUAAUGAAGAGAAGUUUAAACCUGCCUAUUUACUCGCUGAUGGAAGAUUGGAAAGAGCUGGAAGAGCAAAGAAGAACUCUUCUGCGGUUUGUGGGAAAUUGUCUUCUAUUAGCAACGGACUGAAAAUGGAGAAUUUGAAUUCCGGUAGCAUGCUUACUGCCUCGAUUAUUACUGUGGGGGAUGAAAUUUUGUUUGGCACUGUAGAGGACAAGUUGGGUUCUAUGUUGUGUAAGAAGCUCCACUCUAUUGGUUGGGCAGUGUCGCGAGUUACUGUCACUCGAAACGAUAUAGAUUCUGUAGCCGAGGAAGUAGAGAGAUGGAAGUCCACAGAUGAUAUGGUAUUUCUAUUUGGUGGGAUCGGCCCAUUGCAUUCAGAUGUGACUGUAGCUGGAGUUGCAAAAGCUUUUGGUGUUCGCAUGGCUCCUGAUGAAGAAUUUGAAGAACAUCUGAGGCACCUCAUAGGAGAAAAAUGCUCUGGUGACAAGAACGAGAUGGCGCUGUUGCCUGAGGGUAUUACAGAAUUGUUGCAUCAUGAGCAGCUGCCUGUGCCUUUGAUCAAGUGCCAUAAUGUGAUUGUUCUCACUGCAACAAAUGUUGUAGAGUUGGAUCGGCAAUGGGAUUGUCUGAUUGAAUUGGCAAAAUGUAAUGGGAUCCUGGAGCUGAUGGAUCCAUUUGUAUCAAAAUGCUUCGCAACAACUCUUUCUGAUGUUGAAAUUGCUCAACCUCUGUCCAAGCUUUGCGCUCAGUUUCCUGAUCUUUACAUUGGAGGCUAUCGGAAAUCAAGAGGAGGACCUCUUAUAAUCACAUUUGAAGGGAAGGAUAUAUCAAGAAUAGAAGCUGCUUCUCGGUCAUUGUGCGAGACAUUUCACCCUGCUGCAUUCUCCAAAAUUGAGUGACCAUCCUAGUUGCCCUGGUUGUUGCUCUUGGCUUGCAUAUCCAAGUUAUAUGGGCCUAAAAUGGCCUCUAGAUCAUGGACUUACAAAUGCUAAAAAGGAGAUCAAAGGUUUAAAGACUGCCGGGACAAUGAAGGAGAGAAGGAUGGAUUCACCAGAAAAAAGGAAAGAAAAGAAAAAAAAAUGAUCAAGAGAAAAUAAUGGGCUCAAAAUGGAAAGAGAAUGGAGUAGCUUUAAUAUCAGCUCAACUGCAACUCUAAUGCCAAUAUUGACUAUUUCAUCCAGUUUAAGACACAAUUACUUGAAGCUUAUUGAAACUCUGGGAUCAAACAGCCUUUCUGUUACACAGUAACUCUUAUAUUCUGUACUAGCAGUUUAUCAUCUGCAAUGUACUUUUUUACAUUAUGUUACUAUCUGUCACUUUCUUAGCUCCUUGUGAAGCACCUCCUCGGUUUUUUAACGUCUGCUUAUAUUUAAUACUUCGGUCGACUC